UUAAAAAAUGACGGAACAUUUGCAGGAUUGCUUAACCUGCCGGCGGAAAACGGAAAACUUUAUCGGAAUAGUCGACGAAUCCAACGGAGAGAGCGUUGAAUCGAUUCUGACCAGACAUUUUUGGUUUAAGGCUAUUGAAUAUCAGAAUCGAGUUCUGUGCACCAGCUGCUGGGAGAAAAUCGAUGAUUUUCACAAAUUUUAUUGCGAAGUUGAAGAACGGUGGUGUCACAAAUCGGACGGUUUACUAGAUACCGUGGUGAAGACCGAACAACUUUUCGACACGAAUGAACCGCAAAGUGAAUUGUUUGCAUGUGAAUUGGUGAAAGAGGAGGAACCUCGUCCACAGGAGAUCCAAUUACAACACAUCGAUCUUGCUAGUUGCGUUGAAUCGGAUACAGAAUCUAAUGAGUUAGAUGGAGAUGUCGGCGAGGAAGAUUAUUCUGGCGAGGAGGAUUGUUUUGUAAAAGAGGAGAAAGAAAACUCAGAAGUUAGAAAUGGAGAAGAUACAACGGAGGAUUCCACGGAAGAAUCGUCAAUACCGAUCGGGAAACGGCGCCGAUCGGUGAAUAGGUCGCCGACCGCAAGUGCUGUUGAGCCCGUUCGUAAAAAGCGGCACAUUCCUUCCCAGAAGACAAUGAAUCUGGAGCGUAAUGGGUUGAUAGCAAAACAUGUACAGCUGAUUUGUGAUCUGUGUGAGCAGGAGUCGGAGACGUUUUCCCGUUUGUUGCUGCACUACAAAAGAGUUCACAAAAUUCAAGGCUAUGUGACCUGCUGCGAUCGGGCAUUCCAGAAAAAGUCAGUACUUUACGACCAUCUGCGGAGGCACGAAGCGGGAACGCCUGAUUCGUCGGAGUCACAGCUGCGUUGCGAGCUGUGUGACACAUCCAAGGCCUUCAAGGACGAGGAGGGCCUUCAGCUGCACAAAGUAAUAUGUCACUCGAAAGAGGAAGAGAAAAUCUACAAGUGCAAUCAAUGUGAUAAGGCUUUCGGCAGCGAGUGGUUGCUGUCCGGGCACCGGAACUGGCAUCAGAACGUCGAAAGUUUGAACAUUCGCUGCGCCGAGUGCAAUAAGUAUUUUAAUUCAAUUCGUACUCUAAACACCCACGUCCGGGCACAUCACACUGAUCCAGCCGCUUCGGUUGUAGUGUCGAACAACACGGUUAGUCUAGCAACCGUUCCGGUUGAGCCAAACCAUGCAGAAAUACCAACCACCAUCGUUGAACACCUAACGCAGCAGGACAAUUCUUUACCCAGCUUGGCAGCCACCCAGAAGCCAAGUGUAACGUCGGCUCCACCCAAAAAGGCUCUUAAAUCUGCGGAUGAGGUUGCGAAGGAAGAUGAAUUGAUUCGCCGGUUCUGUACGCUGAUAUGUGAGAAAUGUGAGUACGCCGGCGAAAACUACUAUCAGCUGGAGAAACACUACAAAACUGCUCACAACAUGCGUGGCUACGCCAUAUGCUGCGGUAGAAAGUUCUGCAAGAAACGCCGGCUGUACGAGCAUUGCCAGCGGCAUAUCAAUCCGGAUAUGUUUCGCUGUGAGCCAUGCAACAAAUCAUUCACGGAAAGUGAUGGUCUGGAAAAGCACAACAAAUGGGUUCACACGCCCGACUCGGAAAAGCCAUUCAAAUGUGAAAUCUGCGACGCGGCUUUCUACAAAGAUUAUCUGCUGCGGAAUCACAUGAAGUAUCAUAUUUCGAUGGAGCAAAAAAUCUUCAGCUGCAAGGAUUGUGAUAAAUCGUUCGGAACAGCCGUCCUGUUGAGGGCUCACCAGCAGAAUAUCCACGGAGCCGCAUCGAGUUGGGUGUGUGACAUUUGCGCUAAAGGAUUCGUGCACAAAUCGUUGCUGGAAACGCAUCGUCUGUCCCAUUCGGCGGAAGGAGCUGCCAGUCUGAAGAAGCAGUGUGAAAACUGCAAAAAGUGGCUCAAGAAUAAGGAUACCUACCAGAACCAUCUGAAGCGCUGUUUGGCCGGUGGGCCUGUGACGUGUGAUAUUUGCGGCAAGGAGGCAGUUAACGAGCUAGCUCUGGCCAGUCACAAACGGUUCAAUCACGAAAAACGUCCAGGCUUUGCGUGCAGUUACUGUGGCAAACAAUUCAAGCGAAUACUGCGCCUAAAGGAACACGAAGCAAAUCACAGGGGCGAGGUUCUCUAUUCCUGCCCGUACUGUCCGCGUACUUGCAAUUCUAGCUCCAACAUGUACACCCAUAAGAAGGUAGCCCACCCGGAGCUGUGGGCUGCCAAGGUCGCAGAGCGAUUCUACAAACGGUAA